AAGAAGGUGACAUAACGCUGUGCUGCUACCUUUGGCAAUUUCAGCUGAUCAACGUCAAAAUUAUAAUUGUCAGCCAUGCCGAUAUCUGAGGACGAUGGAGGCAACGCUUUCUCCGAUAAAGCGAUUCGCAGAGCUUUUAUUCGGAAGGUGUACCUUCUCCUAAUGCUUCAACUCGUUCUCACCUGCGCAGUCAUCACUGCUUGUGUUCAUGUGCCUCGUGUGCACGAACUUGCUAGGCAGUACUACUACGUUGGAUUCAUCUGUAUGUGUGUUGCAUUUGUCAUGAACAUACUGGUCUGCUGCUGCUGUUCAGACAUGUUUCGAUGCUUCCCGUGCAACUUCAUCUUUUUAUUCGUUUUCACGGGCUUGGUGUCAGUUGGGUUGGGCUGCGCCACUGCCUUCUACAAGGCGGACGAGGUCAUGUUAGCUGUGGCAGUAACUGCGGUGGUGUUCCUGGCGCUGACGAUAUUCGCCAUGCAGAGUAUGAUCGACUUCACAGUAUGCAGUGGAGUAAUGUUUUGCUUCCUCAUAGUCCUGAUACUAUUCGGUAUCUUGGUUGCCUUUCUUGGAAAGAAAUAUCCGAUACUACGGCUUCUGUACGCCUGCGCAGGAGCCCUGAUCUUUUCAGUUUAUAUCAUAGUGGACACACAGUUGAUCAUGGGAGGCCACCGGGCAUACGCAAUUUCGCCGGAGGAUUACAUCCUUGCAUGUCUUACGCUCUACGUGGACAUCAUUAAUUUGUUUCAAUACAUUUUGCAGAUUAUACGCUUCAUAAAUGAACAGAAUGGGUGACCAAAUGUCAUAAGACGUAUUAAAUUGAUGUAAAAGUC